CGCGCCGAGGAUGACAAGCUGCUGUCCGAGCCUCUCAGCCACCCCGACUUCUUCAACGUGAAGGAGCUCUUCUCCCUGAAAGACCUCUUUGAUGCCCGGGUGCACUUGGGGCACAAAAAGGGAUGUCGGCAUAGGUUCAUGGAGCCUUACAUCUUUGGCUGCCGCCUGGAUCAGGACAUCAUCGACUUGGAUCAGACAAUGCAGCACCUCCAGCUGGCCCUCAACUUCACCGCCCACAUCGCCUACCGCAAGGGCAUCAUCCUCUUCAUCAGCCGCAAACGCCAGUUCUGCCACCUGGUUGAGAGCACGGCACGGGAGUGUGGGGAGUACGCCCACACCCGCUACUGGCAGGGCGGCCUGCUCACCAACGCCCACGUCCAGUUCGGGUCCGGCGUCCGCCUGCCCGACCUCAUCAUCUUCCUCAGCAGCCUCAACAACGUCUUUGAGCCCCACGUGGCCAUCCGGGAUGCUGCCAAGAUGAACAUCCCCACCGUGGGGGUGGUGGACACGAACUGCAACCCCUGCUUGAUCACCUACCCCAUCCCUGGCAACGACGACAGCCCCACCGCCAUGGAGCUCUACUGCAAGCUCUUCAGGAUGACCAUUAUCCGCGCCAAGGACAAGAGGCAGCAGAGUGAGGUCUUCAACGAGCUGCGGAGCAAAGCGGAGGGCAAUUAGAGCCCUAGGGACAGGCUCGGCCGUGCCCAGCGGCUUGGUGAUGGGCAUCCUGCUCCGCUCCCGCGGGCGCUGCAGGACUGACCCUGCACCCAGAGCACCAGCUUUCGGCAGAGCUGGGCUGGUUGCGGAAGGGAACCCCCAGCUCUGCUGCUGCGCAGAGAUCCCGCGGUGGCCGCAGCUGCGGUGGGUCUCUAGCUCAAAAAAAAAAAAAAAAUUGUCCGGAGCGAUGCAAGGGGAGACGGAGCCGGGUCAGACCCAGCUCCCGUCCUUGUGUUUGUCCCUGUUGCAAGGAGGUGCCUCUGUCCUGUGGCCUUGCUGUUCCUGAGCUUGUGAUCUCACCUGAAACCACUUGUGUCUCGCUCCUUUUCCUGACACGACAAAUAAAGGGCCCUGUGAUCCUU